UGCCUACAUGAACAAUUACAAAGGAAGGAGAAGAGAGAGAGAGCUUCCUCAUAGUUUUACUAGUUCAUAGCGGAAGAAAAAUGUGAUAAUAUUAACACCAGUAAAUGACUCUUCCUUGUCCGCUCUGCUUCCUCUGCUCUUACAACCUUUCAAGCCGGCCUUGCCUCAACCCAAUUCACACUGCCAGAUUCUCUUAAUCCGUUUUCUAUCUACCUAUAUUGAUCUCUCAAGUUCUCAGCUCUUUGAUUGAAUCGGAUGCUUGAAUUUGAGAUGUCAAAAUAGGAAGAUUUUUGGUUUUGAUUUGGAUGCACCGACGAGUUUUCCGAUCGUCUGGUGUAAUCGAGUUUUCUGCUUAUUCGUUUUGAUUUUUCGCGAGGUGGGCCGAUCUGUAUUUGAAGUCUAGAUUGGUCGGUUUGAUCUGAUUUUGCUGAUUGGAUUGGUAUUCAAAAUUCCGGGUUCAAUUUGAAAUGGUAUAUUUCCAUAGCUCAAUAUCGGUCUGCAACUCCGUUGACCAACCUACUCCCAUGGCGGAUUCUAUGAGUUUAACCGACCCAGGUGCCAAAUCGAAGCAAACCAAUCAUGUACACAGGGGCAGAAAGAUACCCAAUUCUCCAAAUUGCUCAAAGAUACCGGCUUGCCAUCGAUCUCGAUCGGCUGCAAUUGAUGUUGUGUUGUUUAUUGCUGUGGUUGGUGCUUUCGGUUAUUUGCUAUUCCCAUAUGUGAAGAUUAUAUCUGUUAAGACCAUUGAAAUCGUUGGAAUUAUUAUGUAUGUACUAAGGGAGGAGGUUUCUCAUGCUCCUUUGGUUUAUGGAUGUAUGGGACUUAGCAUUUGUUGCGCAGCAUUGGCUGCUUGGGCUCUGUUGGCCUGUACCAGUAGGAAAUGUGGCAAUCCCAAUUGCAAGGGCCUUCGAAAGGCCGCUGAAUUCGAUAUUCAGUUGGAGACAGAGGAGUGCGUGAAGAAUUCAGCUUCAGUGGUUAAAGAUGGAGUUAAGAAGGGCCUAUUCGAAUUGCCUCGCGAUCACCACCGCGAAUUGGAAGCCGAACUUAAGAAGAUGGCCCCUCCUAAUGGCAGAGCAGUGCUCGUCUUUCGGGCAAGGUGUGGGUGUUCUGUUGGUAGAUUGGAAGUUCCGGGACCGAAGAAGCUUAAAAAGAUCAAGAAGUAGCAUAAUGUGGUUAUCAAACCAUAGGGAGGAAAAAUUAUGAGUACAGGAGUAGUCAUAAUGCAGAGAAGAGUGCCUUUCUAUUGGCUGUCUUCUCGGAACAAUGUUGUCUUUAAAUAAGCCUAGCUCAUGGAAUAAGUUGUAAGGAUUAUAUACCCUUGAUUAUAGUGGGGAAUAUAUAACAAUCCCUUAUUUAAUUUCCUUUCCGUUGGUUAUAUGUUUUUUUUAAAGAACUUUCUUUUGUUGAAUCUGAAAUUUUCAUUUGGUUCUCC